GCCCCUCCCUCAGAACUGGAAUAUCUAGGAAGGGUCAGGGGAGGGAGGAACAGAAAGCUAUUGUCUUCAGGUUGUCCCACUGUGCUCUCCGUAGCAGCUGCACCCUUUUGGAAUUCCGGGUAUGAGGUAGAGAGGACCCAGGAAGAGGGGAGGAGAGCAGGCCACACCUAAUGUGGCUUCAAAGUGCCUUCUAGACCACUUCAUGUGCCAGAGAAGUUCCCUGGGAAAUGGUGAGAAAAGUCUCAGUACUGAGGAAAUGCAACAAGUAGAGUAUCCUGGGAAAAGUGAAACUAAAGAGUUAAAGUAGAAGUGGACGGGUAAAAAAAGAACAAAAAAAAAUCACAGAGGAAAAAAGAAGUGGUCUUGAGAGCUUGCACUCUAAAUCUACUCAGUUCCUUGAAAGUAUCUCCGUUGUGUUCCUACGGCUAAAGAGGAAUGCCAUAUUCCAGACUCAGUGAGAUGAGGCGAGACUGGCACAGGAAUGUUUUAUGAAUGAAACAUUUGGAAUAAGAAGUUAUACAUUGUAUCUCAAGCAUGCUUUGAAAGAGUGAGUGGCACAGAGGAAGAGGAGGAGAGUGCCGGAGGAAGAUUUACUGAUCCCACUCCCCUUAGAAGAGUAUCGAACAAAGAACAACCACUACAACCACUGCCAAAGAUUGCUGCCCCCCAAAAAAGUCACUUCACACAAGCUCAACGUGACGGGGUGAAGAAAGAGCUGGCAACGCUUACGUACAUCAAGGUUUAGAGCAAGUAAAAAAGAAGAUGUUCCUACAGCGUUCUAUCCAAUGGCCAUCUCCCCCUGCUUUCCUCUCAAAACUUCUGCAGUCUCCAUCUAAACUUCCUCCUAACCCUCACGCCACUCCCCAAAAGUCAAAACGAUGGACUCUGCCAGCAAUACCUCUACCCACUUUGCCCAACCUCCGCUCUCUUCUGCACUACACAAAGAGUAACAACAACACUAAAUCCUCACCACCUUCCAACAUCAAUGCGGAGCAUUUCCAAAUCUGCAUCAACUUGGUCCACCAUAUAUUUGACAUCUGUAUUCUUGGGUAUCUCUCUGUCUUUUCUCCCGUGUUCCGUAUAACUCUGGAUGUUUUUGGCGUGCAAGGAGCUAUAAAACUCUGGAUCCAUGGCCUUGCAGUAUUCUUGACCACCACCUAUGGGAUGUAUCUCCUUUUCUGGUUAGCCCAGGAGUACCUUUUCCAGCUGGCCUCUUUUUUCGCCAUUUUACAGGCACUAGUCUUGAUGGUCAGCUUGAAAGCAGAGCGGGAGGAGAAAAUGGCAAGAGAAGAACCAGUUGGUGAAGAGGAAGUGGAAGAAAGAAGAGAAGUUGAACAAGAAGAAGGAAUGGAUGAAGUUGGUGAAAGAGAGCCAAUGGAAGAAAGAUGGGCAGGGGGCAGCGAAGACGAAAUGGCCGAUUCUGAUGAUAUGUGGGUGAGUGAUGGAGAGGAAGAAGAAGAGAUUGCUUGAGUUGGCAUCUCCAUCAUACAACGGUCUUAAGUGUGGUUCCAUCUAGUUGAUGGUCGAGCUGAGCACUGCACAGCACAUUUUUUAAAAACACUGUGGAACACUGAAGUUAGCCACUAAUGGAUUCUAGUAAGGGAGUGUCCAUAGAAGUGAUAAUUCAGGAUUUUAAAGACAUGUUUUUAUUUCUUAAGAGCUGUGAAUUGAUCUGAAAACAGGAGUUUUCUUCUAAACGGGUGUCCCUAUAAGAAGGUGGUAUGUUGAGUCCGUGUGAUUUUUUUUCUUUUUUUUUCUAAAGAAGGAAUUGCCAUGGGAAAAGAGUGUCUGAGAAGAAAGAUAAUUAUUUAUUUAAGUAUUUUUAUAUUUUUAUGCUUUCAUUUCUUGUUUUCUGUGGACCAUGAUUUAUAAUAUUAGUGCGAAGCACUGCGAAAAUCUGGAAACAGGGAGCAAUAAGUAUAUGUAAUGCAAGUCUAGAACCAAAGAGAACAUCUGUACGAAUUGUUUUGUGAUAUUUUGCAAAUCCAGAUCACCAGCUCAAAACAUUACGACUUGCAGGAUCGAACUAUUCUGCAGAAUUAUAAACCGGGCUGCAAUAAAUAGGAUAAUACACUACUUGGAAACACCUUGCAACUAAAACGCAAGUCUGAUUACAGUCUGAAGCUGCAUUAGCUAAGACACAUUGCUGUAAUUCACAUAAGGGUACCAUUUUACACACUGCAAAUAAAGAUGUAUGUGUAUACUUUGCUGGGGUGGUGGUUUUAUAAUCCAUAGUGAGCUGAGGAUGUUAACUGACUGCAAACGAGGGUUACAGCCAUGUUUGAUUGAAAGAGCGUGGCCAGAGUGUGGGUAUAUCCAGUGUAAAUCGGUUUAAGUGGAAUCUAUGGUGGAAGCAGUUGGACCCCCUCUUCCCCAUCACAGGCAGUUUGGUUUCUCUUGUUUAAUACCUAAUCUAAUGUCAGGCAUCAGGAGAUAUAGAGUCCACUAUUACCUAGAGAAGCCCCAAAACAAUGUGGUUAGUUUACUUACCUGGGAACUGUUGGGAAAUAAUAAGGGGAUUUCACAUUUAAAAACCACUGGGUGGGAGAAUUUUUUCCAUUUCGACUAAUUUGGGCAUUCGUGUCCUUGUAAGUUGUUCGCAUUUCUCAGGAUUGUUAAAAAUGCUUAGAUUGUUAACAUUCGCUAUACAUGCUGGUGUGAAUGUAAGGGUAUAGUGAUCUCCUUGCACUGUAACACAAGGAGCAGGGUCACAACAGGUGCUGGACUGUCAUACUCUCUCUGUACGAUUUGGGGUCUGCUAACAGCUGGGACCACUGCGCUCACUGGGAAUGUGCCCAUCUCCCAUUGGCUGCCUGGUAUGUGAACUUUAAUGUAGAUACAGGUUCUCAGAAUUCUAUAUGUGUGGCAAUCACUGAUACACUUUGAUAUCAAUGAGGAGGCAAGCGUUUCUCUAUAUUUAGGGUGUUAAUGUAAAAGGCCGACCCA